AUGGCACUGAAGAGCAUCAACAUCAGCGGCAACAUCGAUUGGUGCCCAUUCAAAGAACACAAGAACUACCUAACCUGUUUCACCUCACAAAACCUUCUGUACUCCAACAGCAGCAACCUAAACAACUACGUAUACCUUCUCGACAUUAACCUGAAUAAUGAUGGAAGAAAUUUAGAGAUUGUAAGUAAGCUAAACUUUGAGGAAGCAUUGAAAAGUGAAAAAAGUGGGAAGAAAAAAGGAACUAAUGAAUAUGUAACUAGCUUCGAAUGGAUAAACAGUAACAGCUUUGUUGAGUCAGACAGUCCAUAUGAAUUUAGCAAGGGAGUCAUAGUAGGAGGAUUAACAAAUGGUGAUGUAAUUUUAUUGAAUGCACAAAAUUUAUUUGUAGAAAAACCAACCCAUGAACAGUUUAUAUUAAGCAAGGCAAAUGUACAUGAGGGUUCCAUUAAUUGUCUCGAAUGUAAUAAACACAAAAACCAUUUAAUAGCAACAGGAGGAAAUGACGGACAAUUAUUUAUUACAGAUAUUGAAAAUAUUUAUUCUCCAACUUCCUAUGAUCCUUAUUUAGAUAAAAAUAAUUUACAAAAAAUUACUUGUUUGAAUUGGAACCAAAAAGUAUCUCACAUUUUGGCUACCUCCUCAAAUAAUGGAAAUACAGUUAUCUGGGAUUUGAAAAUAAAAAAAGCUGCUGUUAGUUUUAGGGAUCCACAUAGUAGAACAAAAACUUCCUCUCUUGCAUGGCUAGCUAAUCAGCCAACACAAAUUUUAGUUGCAUAUGAUGAUGAAAAAAGCCCUUGCUUACAAUUGUGGGAUUUAAGAAAUGCAAAUUACCCCAUUAAGGAAAUCAUUGGACAUUCAAAAGGGAUUAACGACAUCAGCUUCAGCAACAUAGACACGAAUUUAUUAAUUUCUUCAGGGAAAGACACAACCAAAUGUUGGUACUUGAGUAAUAAUAACUUUGAUGUGUAUAAUGAGGUCAACAAUUCUGCUAAUAAUAUUUACUCCAAGUGGUCUCCUUUCAUUCCAGACAUUUUUGCUUCCGCUACCAACAUGGACACCGUUCAAAUUAAUUCCAUUAAUAAUGGUAUGAAGAUGAGUAGCAAUUAUGUCCCCAAUUUUUAUAAGAGGGAUGCGGGGAUUACGUUCGGCUUUGGUGGGAAAAUCUGCUGCUUUGACAAUACCGCCGCGAUUAUCGCCAAGGCGGGACAGCCGGACGGUAGCGGUGUGAGUGGCGUGAGUGGCGUUGGUGCGGAUAGCGGUGCAGAUGUUGGUGCGGGGAGCGGCGCCACUGAACAUAAAUUCCCCAUCAAGUGCCACAUCUAUUCCACCGACAUGGAGCUCAUUUCAGAGGCAGACAAAUUCGAAAAAUACAUCGCCAGCGGAAACUACUUCGAGUUUUGUGAAAGUAAAAUAGCCAAGACGGAGGACGAAUAUGAAAAACUCACCUGGAGAAUGUUGCAACUCCUGUGUACGUCACAAAAGGAAGGAAUUGUGAAGCAUCUCGGUUAUGACAUGAACGAAAUUGUACACAAAAUUGAAGACAGCACGGGAAAGAAACCAGGUUUUAUUUUUAACAAAUUCGAUGAAGAGGAAAAGGAAAAAAUGUUAGCGAAGAAAAAUUCCUCCUCCAAUUUAUUGGCUCAUAAUGGCACCAUGGAUCCGUCUGUAGCGGGAUUAAUGGCGACAGGGGCAGCAAAUUAUAAACAUAUGAAUAAUGGAUUUGUGGCUGGUGGUGCAGGGGCCAUGGACCCGAACAUGAUGUACACCGGAGCCGCGUCCCCUUCCGCCUCCGCUGCGGCUGCUACCUCCCCCAUGGUGGUGGACAAUUUACAGAGCUUCAACUCCUCGUUGGAUGUGGACCCAGAGAAAUUUUUUAGGGAGCUCGGAGAGAAGAAAGAAAAUGAAGAGAUCAAAGAGGGGGAGAAGCAACAGAAGGGAAACAAAGGGGUAGAAGAUGCCACAUCCAAGGGAGACAAAAAGGGAAAGGAUAAAGGGAAGAAAACAGGAAAGGGAACAUUUUCCAGUUUAAUAGGAGGAGUGAUGGAUGAAGAGUACGAUGAUGAAGAUGGGAUGGGUGCAAAUAGCACACUUGGAGGUAGUAAAGACGGCAUAAUGGGUGGAAGCAAAGAUAAAAACCAAAUAAAUGAUAUGACCAAUUGGAAUUCCGGUAUAGAGUCCAUCAUUAAAGAGUGUGUCUUGGUAGGAAAUAUUGAAACAGCAGUAGAGUUAUGUUUGCACAAGAAUCGAAUGGCAGAUGCUUUGUUCCUGUCCUCCUUUGGAGGUGAACAACUGUGGCACAAAACAAAAACGUUAUAUAUUAAUAAACAGAACAGUACCUUUAUGAGGAGCUUGAAUUACAUUUUGGAUGACCAGCUAGACCUCCUAGUUCAACGGAUCGACCUCUCCUCCUGGGGAGAAGCUCUCUCAAUUCUAUGUACAUACGCAUUAAAUAAAGCCAACUUUAAUAACCUCUGUGAAACAUUAGCCAAGAGGUUACAAAAUGAAAAAUUCGAUAUAAGAGCAGCAUCCAUUUGCUACCUAUGUGCUUCUAACUUUGAUCAGACCGUACAAAUCUGGAAUGACAUGCCCUCCACACAAAAUUCCCUCCUCAAUGUACUUCAAAAUAUGGUGGAAAAAAUGACCGUCCUAAAAAUGGCCAUAAAGCAUAACAUGUUUAAUGCUAUUAUGAAUAAAAAAAUUAAUCAAUAUGCAGAGCUGUUGGCUAAUUCAGGUCGAUUGAAAGCUGCCAUGACAUUUUUGUGUUUAACGCAGGAAGACCAAACUGAAGAGAGCCUCAUUUUGAGGGACCGUAUUUUCAACAGUGGUGCUCAUAUGCUUUGUCGUCAGGUCAAACCUCCUAUGUCCCCCUUCCAAGUGUUACAUGUAAAAUCUACCGUUGGGGGGAUGCUGCAUCACAAUUAUCAACAGGGUAAUCAGAGCCCACAAUUUAAGUCCAAUGUUAUGGGUAGUAGCUUGAACCCUAAUCAGUCCAAAAUCUUUUCCCCCACUAAAAGUGCCACCUCCAUGAUUAUCCCCCCUCCGAUGCCCAGGCAAAUGACAGGACAGAUGCAAAUGGCCAAUCAGUCCAUACCUCCACACUCCACUCACAUGGGUUACUCUCCCAUGCCCGCCACCAAAUUCAACACACAAGUUAUAAGUACUCCUCCAUCCCAACGCGCAUCCUUCGCAAGCACAUCAAAUAAAAAUUUCCCUCUCGGCAACGUCAAUCCAGUGAAGCCUCCAUCCAUUAGCACUAUGUCUUCCUCAUACAUGGGGCCCCCCUCAGGACCACCACCACCCUCGAGUACAUGUCCAAUUGGCACAUCUCCCCCUUCCUACGCUUCCAUGUCUAACCUUUCAAAUUAUAUCCCAUCACAGGGUAUUAAAUCAGACCAGGGCGAUCAGAAGCAGACCACGCCAACCCCAGUUGGUGUAGGCGGACCCAUGUUCUCCACUCAGUCCUAUGCCAACCAGAGACGAAUUCAACCCGGGGCAAAUCCUCCACCUGUUCCUCCCACACCUUCACAAGCCAACCAAAUGAACAACCGUAGUUUUCCCUCCAUGCAAAAUAUCGCACCUGGCCCCCCCCCUGUAAAUAGAAAUUUGCCCGUCACGUCUAAUCAGAAUAGUAUGUCCUUCCAGCAGGAUAACUCUGGGCAGCAGUUUCUCAAGAGGGAGUCCAUGGAUCAGCAGACUCCUUACGGAGGGGCAGUGAGCCCUCCCGGCAUGCAGCCAAAUAGUUUUGGCACCUCUUUCCAGGACAGUACGCACAAGGUUGGACUAGGCGGCCAGUCGAGCGGCCCCCCCUCAUCAGGCCUCAGUACGACAUCCCCAAUCGCCGGCGCACUGACUGUCACCCCCGGAAUGCCGGUCCCAUGGCCAAUCCCCACGACCACUCAACAGCUUGGAUCAACGACCACCUCCACGGCGAACGAAAACAAAAAGAUACAAACGGCCACGAAGGAACAAAAUGGCGUGUUCAUGGGAAGACACAACGUAGAUAAUGUUAAAAAAACAAUAAGCAGUUUUCUAAAUGGGUACAUGUCACAGGAACCAAUAAAGAAAAAGGCAGAAGACAUCUCCAUCAAGGUGCACGAGCUGUUUGAUAAGCUCGACACUGGGUCGUUUAAUGAGCAAAUAAAUGACAAUAUUGUAAAUAUGGUUAACGCACUUAAUGCGAAUGACUUCAGGGCAGCCAAUAAAAUUCUAGUGGACCUAAGUAGGAACUUGUGGGACGGAAGCAACAAGUCAUGGUAA